AUGGUUUCCACGAGCAUUCAGGACCGGACGAACGAGUUCCGCGCCAUCCUUGCGCAGGCACAGAAGCGGCAAACCGCCACCAAGGGCGGGCCACAACGACAGUCCCUCCUGAGCGAUUCGCAAAGAAGAGAAGCAAAUGGGGCCGCCAAUGGCCCUUCAAGAGGCUCUAGGUCAGAGUUCGCUCGCAAUGCGGCUCAGAUUGGGAGAGGAAUCACUGCCACUAUGGGCAAGUUGGAGAGACUGGCGCAGCUCGCUAAGAGAAAAGCCAUUUUCGACGACCGGCCUGUCGAGAUCGCAGAGUUGACAUACGUUAUCAAACAAGACCUGGCUGGUCUAAAUGCACAAAUAUCUGCCCUGCAGCAGCUUACGCAGUCACAGCACCCAACCGCUUCCCAACCCCGGUCGGCGGAUCAAGAAGGGCAGCACAACAAAACCGUGGUGUUAAUGUUACAAAACAAAGUCACAGAUGUCGCCGCAAAUUUUAAAGAUGUCUUGGAAGUGCGCACCAAAAAUAUCCAGGCGUCCAGAUCGAGGACGGAGAACUUCGUGUCGUCUGUGUCGGCGAGAUCGCAACCCCAUCUGGACGACUCAAGGUCGCAAUCACCGCUCUACCAGGGCCCAAGUAGUCGGCAAAAGACUCCUCAGGCGUCUACAACCGACCUUCUAACGCUUGAGCCUUCAAACACUUCAACUCUCAUGAAGAAUGCUCCUCAGUCCGACCAUCAACUGCUGUUAAUGGAGGAAGCACAGCCGACCAACACGUAUAUUCAAGAACGUGGACAAGCCAUCGAAGCCAUCGAGAGGACGAUAAACGAGUUGGGGAGCAUUUUCGGGCAACUGGCAACCAUGGUGUCUGAACAGGGGGAGAUGCUGCAGCGAAUCGAUGCAAACACCGAGGAUGUGGUGGACAACGUGCAGGGCGCACAGAGAGAGCUGUUGAAAUAUUGGAACCGGGUACAAGGGAAUAGAUGGCUGGUUGCUAAAAUGUUUGGCGUUCUCAUGAUAUUCUUCUUACUUUGGGUGUUAAUAUCGGGUUGA